AUGUACUUUACUCUUGGCAACUAUAGGCCUCACAUCCGAUCCAGAAUUGACACAAAGUAUGCAAUCUUAAUGGUGAAGGAAUCCAUCUUCAAGAAAAUUGGGCCAACCAGGUGCUUAAAGAGGGCCAUUGAUCAAUUCAAGAAGCUAGAGGCUGAAGGCAUCUUGUACAAGGGCUGCGAAAAAAUCAAAGUUUGUGUCCAGUACAUGCUUGGAGACAAUCUUGGCCAGCAUAUUAUCGGAGGGUUUAUUGAGUGUUUCUCAGGUUCAUUCUUCUAUCGAUAUUGCCCAAUUACAAAAGCUGUGUUUCGGGCAGAUCCUACCCAUGCUGAACCCAAAAGAAGCAUUCAGGAUUAUGAGCGGUGUGUUCAGCAAGCAGAGAUCACUGGUAAGCAUUGUCAAGGCAUAAAGGCAGAUUCAGCAUUCCAUGGUCUUAAACACUUUCAUGCUACCACUCACCUUGUUCCUUGUGUAGCUCAUGACUUGGUUGUAGGUGUUGUAUCUUGGGAUCUGGCUGGAAUAAUAUCACGCUUUGUCAAAAAGAAGAAGUAUUUUUCCUACAAGCUUUUAAACCGCAGGAUCAAAAAAUUUCAAUGUUUGAGUGGUGAUAUUCCCAAUAAGCCAGCCUGUGUGCCUGAUAGUGGAAAGAAGCUUGGGGGACACGCUGACCAAAAUUGGACUUUGCUUCGGCUUUUACCCUUCAUCAUAGGACAUAAAAUCCAAGACCUUGAAGAUCCAGGAUGGCUGCUUUACUUGCAACUUAAAGAGCUCUGCGAAUACUUUUGCGCCCCAUCUUUGAAGAAGACUGACAUAGCAUACAUCCAAGACAUUCUCGUUCCUCUCUUUUUCCACAGAAGAUCUCAAGUGCUUAAAGGCUACAUGUACCGUCUGAAACCCAAGCAUCACUUCAUGUUUGAAAAUCCAGGAUUAAUAUUACAAUAUGGAACACUUCUGUAUUUCUGGACACUAUCAUAUGAACAAAAGCAUAAGUUUUUCAAGGAUGUGAUGAGAAUGUCUAAAAACCUUAUCAAUCCAGAGGCAACUUCUGCUGCGAGAUAA